CAUAAUUUUUCUUGCAGAACUCACAAAAGGGAAAGAGAUCCAACAGAAAAAAGGAGUUGAAGUCAGGAAACCCAAAAUUCCGUUGCGAUCUCUUUUUCUCUUGGGAUUUUUGCUUCUCUCUGAAAAGUAAAGAUGCCUCAAGGAACCUUAGACGUUCAACUUAUGAAGGCCAAGGGUCUAAAAAACACAGAGUUCUUUGGUAAGAUGGAUCCUUACGUCAUCCUCAAGUGCAAAAACCAGGAAAAAAGGAGCAAAGUGGCAACAUCACAAGGGUCUAACCCAGAAUGGAAUGAGAAGUUUGUUUUCCGAGUAACUGAGGGUGUUACUGAACUCAAAAUGACGAUCAUGGACAAGGACACUGCUACCAGGGAUGAUUUUGUAGGAGAGUUAAGCAUUCCACUAAAAACACUAUUCCAAGAAGGGAAACUCCCACCAAUGAAAUACAAUGUACUAAGGAACAAAAAAUACUACGGAGAGAUUAAAGUUGGCCUUAGCUUCACUCCUUCAACGAACACUACGGACAUCCCGGACGGCGUGACAGUCAAGGCGAAGGCUCAGGUGAUCGGAGCCGAAGGUAUGCGUAGCGAGCUCGCCUGAAACUUCAAGCACCAUCAAGGUACCCAGCAAAAUACCCGAAGAAUCCUUUGGCGGAUGGAAAGAGUCUUCAUAAUAGUAGAAAAGGAAAAUGAUUUGUGGCCUCAAUCUUAGGUGUCAUGCUAUGUCAUCUACACACAUCACCUAUUUGUCAAAUCAUGCCAUGUAAUUCUUGAGAAAAGACCAUCUUAUCCUUUUAUUUUGGCUUUCUACCUCAAAAAUUAUUUUGGCUUUCUUCUAAAAAAAAAAAAAAAAAAUUGGCUUUCUUUCAUUUUUUUUUUCAUCACACUCAUGCUUAGAUUUAAACAACAAUUUUUUUUUCUUCAAUCGAGAGUAGAAAAAAUUUCAUAUAAUUCAGUCAAUAGAUUUGCACGUACAUUCGAUUAAUAGAUUUGUAUAACACAUGUAUAUGAAUUCAACAUUUGUUGGGUUCCUGCAAAUUUUGAAAAUAUAAUGUGAAAAAUACAUAUUCAUAUGAUUGUAUA